AUGAAUUGUCCAUCAAGAACAGAUGAACCAUUGGAAGGUGAUGGAUAUAAUCAAAACCCCAAUGCCUUGGCAAAUGACCUCACCACCAGAGAGGAUUUGAAUGGGCGAGCAAAUGGGAGGGCGUUGAGGAGAAGUUUGGAGGAUGAGGGCUUGGAGUGUAUUAAUAACCUUGGGGAAGAUACUGGUGAUGGAGAGGGAAUCCGAGGUGGGAAGGGUGUUGGAGGGGGGGUGGGAGUUGGGGUUGGGGUUGGGGAUGAUAGGGGCGGUGGAGGGGAUGGGAAGAGUGAUCACGUGGUUGAUCCUUCUAGUGCACCUCUUGAUACGAUAGAUCAAGCGGGAGGUGGAAGGGGAUAUGGAAGAAGUUGUCUCAAUAUCUCAAAGGAACAAUUCGUGAAAAUGAAGCAAGUGAUGGUCAAAUUUGCUAAAUUCGUGGGUCCGGGAUUCAUGGUGGCUGUAGCAUAUAUUGAUCCCGGAAAUUAUGCUACGGAUGUUGCAGCCGGAGCGACGUAUAGAUUUCGGCUGCUGUUUAUUGUGCUGAUGUCGAACAUCUUUGCCAUCUUCUUGCAGAGUCUUUGUAUUAAGCUGGGCACUGUUAGUGGAUUGAAUCUGGCAGAGGCUUGUAGGGCUUUCUUGCCGAAAUGGCUCAAUAUUUCUCUGUAUAUUAUGGCUGAGGGUGCAAUUAUUGCUACGGACAUUGCUGAGGUGAUUGGUACAGCUAUUGCUAUCAAUCUUUUGAUACCUCAAAUACCCUUGGUUGCUGGUUGUGCUCUAUCGAUUCUUGAUGUUCUUAUUCUUCUCGUUUUUUAUCCUGGAAAUGGUGAAAUGAAGAGAUUGAGAUAUUUUGAGAUGUUUGUUGUUGGCUUGGUGUUGGGUGUUGUUGUGUGCUUUUGCAUUCAAUUAUCCCUCAUUCAAAAUACUUCCGUGGGUGAAGUGUUCAAGGGAUAUUUGCCCUCCAAAGCGAUCGUUGAAUCAAAGGGAAUCUACCAAGCGUGUGGGAUUCUAGGAGCGACCGUCAUGCCUCACAGUCUUUAUCUUGGAAGUGGCAUCGUCCAACCUCGACUCCUGGACUACGAUAAAAAGAACAACAUUAUCAAACAGGAUUUCGACCUUGGUACUAAGGAACCAUACUACCCCUCCCUCCCCGCCAUCAAGUUCUGUCUCAAAUACUCCUACGCCGAACUCGGAAUCUGUCUCUUUACCUUCGCUCUCUUCGUCAACUCUGCAAUUCUCAUCGUAGCCGGAGCAGCCCUCUACCAAAACCCUGCAGCCCCAGAUGCCGAUCUUUUCGGCAUCUACGAUUUACUCGUAUCAAGUAUCUCGAAAGGCGCCGGAACUAUCUUUGCUCUUGCCUUAUUAUUAUCGGGUACCAGCGCGGGCAUUGUUUGUACCAUCGCUGGACAAAUGGUUUCCGAAGGUGCUCUCAACUGGACCAUUAGACCUUGGCUCCGACGUCUCCUCACCAGAAGUAUAAGCAUCACACCUAGUAUCAUCAUUGCCGGCGCCGUCGGCCGCGAAGGUCUAUCGGCUACUCUAAACGCUAGUCAAGUAGCCCUCAGCAUCGCCCUUCCAUUUAUCUCGGCACCAUUAAUCUAUUUCACCUGUCGUAAUCGUUACAUGACGGUGGGAUGUCAGGGGCGAAAUACUUUUGGAAAUGAUGGUGAGAAUACGAGGGGAAAUGGAGAUGGAAAUCCGGAAAUCGAAAGUGAUUUUGACCAUGAAGGGGAUGAGGGAUUGAGUGGAGAUGCGAAUGGAAUGGAUAGAGGUGCGGGGACAAAAAUGAGAAAUCAUUGGAUUACGGCGGCGGUGGCGGGGUUUAUUUGGAUCGUUAUGGCGGCGAUGAAUGUGGCGAAUUUGGUGCUGUUGGGGAAGGGUGAAGUUUGA